AUGAGAUCGAGGCCUCCGCCAUCGCGCAAAAAGGCGUGUCAGCCGUGCGCAAGAUCCAAGGCCCGCUGCGGUCUCGAGAAGCCAUCUUGCGCCCGCUGUCUCGCUGCCGGGCGGCAGUGUCGAUACGCAGCCGAUGUCAACUACGCCUCCCCUUCGUCCGCCAGCGGCUCUUAUCAAGAGGCCCAGCCCGCUCCAGGAGUUGAGACGCCAGCAUCGCUGUCGACAGCCCCCGACAUCUUCUUUCCACAGCCUCAUCCUCCUGCCUCUUCUCGGUCGGCGACCCCAGCAGCCGCAGCAGCAGUCGUAGGACAUGGGCUGCAUGUACACACUUCGACGCAGGGGUCAGCAGGCGAGGACCUGGCCGGAAAUCCCUUGGACUUUGCCGACCUGGACCUCGCCCCCCUCAGCGACGCGGACCAGAUCCGGGACCGGUGGCUGCGGCCGUUCCUGGUGGUGGACCAGCCCCCCAAGACCUUUCAUCCGCACACGCUGCAGUACAUGAGCUGCGUGUUGCGCUCGUAUGCCAGGCAGAUGAUGGCGUCUGACGAUAGGGGCGUUCCGCCCAUCAUCCACCCGACGCAGCUGCGGGACCGGAGCAUCCCAGUUGCCUUGGCAAACUGCUAUAGCCUGGUCCGGCUGUGGCAGCAUCGGGCUGAUGGAAGUGAGGUCAUGGUCGCCGAGACUGUAAGGCGCGAGAUGGACCAGCUCGCUCAUCAUGAACAUGGCGCCGGCCGGCACCUCGAUAUCCUCGCCUCAUUCCAGGCUUACCUCAUCUACUGCAUCAUGGCUUACUUCUUUCCUCUGCGGCAGCCGUCGAUUGAGGUUGUCGACGACGACACAAUGGCUGUUCUGCAGGAGAUGGCCUUCCGCACCGCCCAAAGCGGACUCAUCUGCCGGGCGGGUCUGUCGCGGCGCUGCCCCAACUGGGAGUCGUGGAUCGUGGCGGCUGCCAAGGGCCGGGCCUUGCUCGCCUUCUACCUCUUCAGCAACGUGUACAACGCCGAGCGGCUGCUGCCCAACUUUGUCGCGGCCGAACUGCGAGACGUGGCCGCGCCCGGAGCCAAGCGGCUGUGGGCAGCCGCGUCCCGCGCCGAGUGGGAGCGCGAAUAUGCCGAGCACCUGGCCGUGUGGCAUGACGGGCCUUUCCGCAUCUCGGAGCUGUGGAAGUCGCCCGAGACGGGGUCGGCCGCUCGCCGGGAGAGAAUAGACCGCUGGGUGCAGACCGUGGACGAGUUCGGCAUGAUGCUGUUUACCAUCUGUGCCCACGUCCACGGCUGCUAG